GGAGAGCACAUUUGGGGGACCCACUGGAUGUGAUGUGUCGCUGGCUACCAUUUCUUUCUCCACCACCUACACACAGAUCAGGACUCCCAUAAGGGUAGCAGAUCAAGGUCCUCUUGCCUCCAGAGGACCACCCCUCCGGGGUCUCAGAGAAACAAUGGAAGUUUUGGGGUUUCUCAAGUGGGAACCGAGCGGCACCGUGGUGACUCUGACCCUGUCCGUGGCUCUCUUGGCCCUCCUGAAAUGGUAUUCCACAUCGGCAUUCUCAAGACUGGAGAAGCUGGGCAUCAGACACCCCAGGCCCUCUCCUUUUGUUGGAAACUUGAUGUUUUUCCGCCAGGGUUUUUGGGAGAGCCAAUUGGAACUCAGGGAGCAAUAUGGACCUCUCUGUGGGUACUAUCUUGGUCGUCGGAUGUAUAUUGUCAUUUCUGAACCAGACAUGAUCAAGCAGGUGUUGGUUGAGAACUUCAGCAACUUUUCCAACAGAAUGGCCUCGGGUCUGGAACCCAAGCCGGUAGCAGACAGCAUCCUGAUGUUGCGCGACAAAAGAUGGGAAGAAGUCAGAGGUGCCCUGAUGUCUGCAUUCCGUCCUGAAAAGUUGAAUGAGAUGACACCUCUCAUCAGCCAAGCCUGUGAACGUCUCCUGACUCACCUAAAACGCUAUGCGGCAUCCAGAGACACGUUCGACAUCCAGAGGUGUUACUGCUGUUACACCACAAACGUGGUGGCCAGUGUGGCUUUCGGCACCCAGGUGGACUCCCAGAACGCUCCAGAAGACCCAUUUGUACAACACUGCCGGCGUUUCUUUGCCUUCAGUAUCCCCAGGCCCCUCCUGGCUUUAAUCUUAUCAUUUCCAUCCAUAAUGGUCCCAUUGGCCCGGAUUCUGCCCAAUAAGAACCAAGAUGAACUGAAUGGCUUUUUUAACAAACUCAUUAGGAAUGUGAUUGCCUUACGGGACCAGCAAGCAGCAGAAGAGAGGCGGAGAGACUUCCUACAGAUGGUGCUGGAUGCCCGGCACUCCACACACUCUGUGGGCGUGGAAGACUUUGACAUGGUCACAGAAGCCCUGUCCUCUGCCAAGUGCACAGUGGACCCUCCCCAAAGAAGCCGCCCUACACCCGUGUCUAAGCCUUUAACCACGGAUGAAAUUGUGGGCCAGGCCUUCCUCUUCCUCAUCGCUGGCCAUGAGAUCAUCACUAACACACUUUCCUUCGUCACCUACCUGCUGGCAACCCACCCUGACUGCCAGGAGAGGCUUCUGAAAGAGGUGGACCUCUUCAUGGAGAAGCACCCAGCCCCUGAGUACUGCAGCCUGCAGGAAGGCCUGCCCUAUCUGGACAUGGUGAUUGCAGAGACCCUGCGGAUGUACCCUCCGGCUUUCAGAUUCACUCGGGAGGCAGCACAGGACUGUGAGGUACUGGGACAGCACAUCCCUGCAGGUACCGUGCUGGAGAUAGCUGUGGGUGCCCUACACCGUGACCCAGAGCACUGGCCACACCCUGAGACCUUUGACCCUGAAAGGUUCACAGCUGAGGCCCGGUUUCAGCAGAGGCCCUUCACAUACCUGCCCUUUGGAGCUGGCCCCAGGAGCUGCCUCGGAGUACGGCUGGGGCUGCUGGUGGUCAAACUGACACUACUCCAGGUCCUGCACAAGUUCCGCUUUGAAGCCAGCUCUGAGACUCAGGUUCCACUUCAACUAGAAUCCAAAUCUGCCCUAAGUCCCAAAAAUGGAGUCUACAUUAAGCUUGAGUCACGCUGCUGACACAAAAGGCAGUUGGAAAACAGAGCCCCUGGUGAUGAUGACAUCUGCGAACCAUGUUUGAAGGGCACCCGGGAUGCAAACAAAGGCCUCAUGUGGAGACAGAAAUGUUUAAGGAAAUAUAUAUAGACAAUAUCUUAGGGUGAUUAAAAGGGUAUAUGGCAUGCAAGCAUGUUAUUUAUGCCACAGUUCCUGAAUGUUUACUGUCUGUCAAUUUUCAUUUUGACAGUGGGGUUCCAAGCAUGGUUUUCUUGGGACUGAGGUUAAAUAAGAGAAAGGUCAUUUUGAUUAAACUGAGUAUGGUGUCAAAGGAGGUCCUGGCCUCAGGACAGUAGAGGGAAACAGGGACACUUGGGUGAACAGGUCCUGAUGACACUGGUAUGGGCUUUUUCAGCUUCUCAUGAUGAAUGGGUUUCAGAGAAUGUGUAUGGACACUCAGCCUCAAAGUGGUUCCACAGCCUCAUUAUGCUUUGACUAAGUUAGGGCAGAAGAAAUUAACUGGAAGCUUCCACAGAUGGAAUAAUCCAGGCUAAAGGAUCUUUUUCUUUAAAGAGCACCCUGUUGGCUCUCUUCAUGCUUGGCCCUGGGGUCCAGACAAAACCCAACAUUCCUGGAGACCUGCAGGCCUACAGACCUACUCCCCUGACAGCUCUCCCAGUUUCUGAGCACUCAUCGGCCACUGCAGGAGGCACAAAUAAGCAUACAGACCCUGCUGAAGGAAGAAUCCAAAGCCGGUACGGGAGGGGAGUCCUCUGAUGGAGGUGGCAGAAUGAUGCCUGGUGCAGAAAGGGUACAGAAUGCAGGGCGAAAACACGGAGAUGCCACCGAUCAGAAGACUCUUUGGGGACCCAGUGGGGAUAUAACUGAAGAUUCUGUGCAUAUAUAAUACGCUUUAUUAGCCCACAGGACCCAGGAAAGGGCCUGCUGCCUAUCCAGUUCUCUUUAUAAACAGACACUGAGGAAUGAACGCCAGCCUUCAUCUGCUUCAGAGAGUCUUUUAUUUCCAUACUCUUAUGUGACAUUUGCAGCACAGGUCAUUCGAUCUCAUUGGGAUAUAAAACCCACACCUGGAAGGUGUCCGAUACUUACGGGAUUUGGGUAC